AUGGCUGUGACUGAGUUGAGCCCCUCCCUGCAACGGCCUCGUGCCGCAACAACUGCCCUCCCGGCGACAUCACAACCUCCAACACCCCGCCAGCUAGGAUUAGGCCAUACUUCAGGGCUUCCCCCGGGUAGCCCACCUUUGGGAGGAGAAUAUGGCAUUACAAGCACUGCCCAGGGGCCACUGCGUCAUCCACAGCCGCUGACGCCUUCGGACCUCCAUCUAGUGCUUGAGAAGGAGCAGGAAGCAAUGACAGCGUCCGUGGCAUCUACAGGAUCCUCUACCUCGACAUUCACCGAACCAGAAGGCGCACGGGCAUCUCCUACACUCAGUAGCUCACAUCGCUCGCAGUCCGCGCGACGGAACCGGUCCAACUCAAGUCUCAGCUCUCACGCUUCAGCAUCCCAAGUCCCGCAGACAGGAAGCAUUACUGGAAUUGCGCCGUCGCGAGAGACGAGCCACCCCUCACGAGCCGACCACUCCCGCACCGUUCGCAGCCGCGAGCCGUCUCUCACUUCUCGCCGACCAUCGAUCGGAUCAUUAUCAACGUUCUCCCAUAGCAACAGUAGCGUGUACCCGCACCGGAAUUCCGUCUCACAGACCCACAUGGGCUAUUCUCCAGGAGCGUCAUAUUCCCCUGGAGCUUCGCUAUCGCGAUUCGAGGAGGCAACACAUCAUCGGUUGGAGCUGGAGCAGACCAAGCGGGAGAAUGAGCAGCUCCGGAAACGUGUGCGAGAGCUGGAACAGACUCUGAAGAAACAAAAGGAGGUGCCUUCAUCCUCAGAGUUUGGGAUCGAUGCCUGA